AACCCCGCGAUUGUUCUAGACGGUAGCUCCAUUCUCCCGAAAUUUCCACUCUCUGCUUUUUUAUAUCCCACAAUUUUCUCACUAACCAAGCAAUCAGUCGCUGCAAAUCUCUCGUCCUACCAAACGCUUUCCCGCGCUAAUCAAACAACUUUCUUCAUAUUUUUGUGCUUGCGAAUUCUCAAUCUUUGGUGAAAAAUGAGCCGAGCAGCGGAUUUGAGUGCGUUCGAAGUGGUGAACCAGCUGCUGAACUUCCCAGAGGCCAUUGAGAAGCUCAUGUUUCCGUCUCGGGCUCACGAGACCGGUAACGAUAACAAAGGUGUGUCCAGCAUUCCGGUUGACAUUUUGGACACUCCCAAGGAGUACAUAUUUUUCUUGGAUGUGCCUGGCCUAUCCAAAUCUGACAUUCAGGUGACGGUUGAAGACGAGAACACUCUGGUGAUCCGGAGCAAUGGGAAGAGAAAGCGCGAAGACGGUGAGGAGGAGGGGUGCAAGUAUAUCAGGCUGGAGAGGAGAGCGGCCCAGAAGCUACUGAGGAAGUUCCGGUUGCCCGACAAUGCCAAUGUAGGAGCCAUUAAUGCGAAAUGUGAGAACGGGGUUCUGACUGUGGUGGUUGAGAAGCUUCCUCCCCCUCCCAAGCCCAAGACUGUUAAAGUCUCCAUCUCCUGAAGCGGAUAGGGCAACAUAAAUAGAGAAACACGAGCUGGAUUUCACGUGUAGGUUCUAGUUCUAGCGUUUAGGGUUUUCUCUGUUAGGGCUACAAUAUGGAUGCUACUCUGUUAGUGCUGUAUGUUGGAAAGACUGGCUGAACUUGGAGUUGUUAGGGUUUUACGUUCCUCGUGUUGUUUUGGAGAUUAUUCAACAAGCGUCUAUUUCUGUUUUA